AGUUUAAUUUCAUCUGCUAAUUUUAUUUAAGAGUGAAAGGAGAGAGAUUUAAUCUCAUCUAAAAUUAGGCCUAAAAUAUGCCCUUUCCAAGCACAAAACACAAACCCUUUUCUUUGUCAAACUCAACACCAACCGAACAUUUUAAAUUUUAUCUGUCUUUUUCACACCCCAAACCCAAAGCAAAACAAGCCCAGAUUUCAUUCACUGUUCCAAGUCCCAAACACACGGAUGACAUGAUAUGACAUCUCCUCCAAGAUUUCAUCUUUUCCUCUCAAUCGAACUUCCUCUUCAAUUGUUCACAAACCCCAGUUUCUCAAUGUGGCCGCUUUGGACUAAAACGCCCAUGAAAAUCCACCGCACCUCAUCUCAAUUCUCAUGCUCAUCCUUCAAAGACAUCCAAAACCUCUGCACAGAAGAUCCUAUCCUAACCGCCAACACCCCCACCAAAAAUCCCUCCAUUUUCCACCGUGUUCGCCUCGUUAACUCUAUCAUACGCGCCUUCGCCCCUCGCCCACCACAACCCGACACCUCAUCUUUCCACGAUAACAAAAGAUUACCUCACUCUCCAGAUUUAGAACCCUUACAACCACCGCCAAUCACAAUCCCGGGAGCAGAGAAGCGCAUUGUGCUGUACUUCACCACUCUACGUGUCGUCCGUUCAACGUUCGAAGAUUGUAAGUCCGUCCGAUCCAUUCUGAGAGGGUUUCGUGUACAAGUGGACGAACGAGAUCUGUCGAUGGACUCAAGUUUCGUAAACGAGUUACAGACAAUUCUGGGCGUUAGUCAAAGUAAGUUGACUUUGCCGAGGGUGUUUGUCGGCGGUAGGUACAUUGGUGGGGCCGAGGAAAUUCGGCAACUGCACGAGACGGGUAAGCUCAAGAAGUUUGUGGAAGGGUUAACCACAGCUGAUAUGGAAGCUUGUGACAUGUGCGGUGGUUACAGAUUUAUUCUGUGCAAUGAGUGUCACGGUAGCCACAAGAUGUACACGGAGAAAGCUGGCGGGAUUAAGUCUUGUACUGUUUGUAACGCGAACGGCCUCGUCAGGUACCCAUGUUGUUCUUUUGCGCCAUUUUCAACCGCCUGAUAAAAUUUUGGGGUUUUUUCCUUCCAUUUUUUGCUUAAAAUUAAAUGUCCCAGAAUUGGGUUGGGCCUCCAAGGUCUGAGUCCUUGGAGAGAGGGACCGGCCCACGUCCUCUAUAAAUAUACAAGGCCUGGAUUAGUCCUAGGUCUGGAUCCUAUACGAACCCUUAGCUAGUUGGGCCCAGGAUAAGCCAUUAGGCUCGGUCAUUAAUAAAUAUAAUUUUUUAUUUUA